AUGGAGACAUCUAAAAAGAUUAAAAAGUGCAACAAAAAUGCAAAUUAUGAGUACAAAUGUAAUAUUUGCAAAAAGAGAUUCUUUGAAAAAGACGCACUGCGUUCACACAAGAGCAUUCACACCACCGAAACACCUUAUAACUGUAAGCUGUGCUCAUACGCCGGGAAGACUGCCAAAUAUUUGGGCAGACAUGUGAGGAGAGCACACACUGCACCCACUAUUCCCUGCGAGGUGUGCGGAAAGAUGUUCCAUUUCAAGUCGAAGAUGUUGGAUCAUAUGUUGGUGCAUUCGGGUGCCAAGCCGUACAAGUGUAAAGUGUGCAACAAAGCGUUCAACACGACGUAUUCGCUUAACACCCACAAGCUGAUACACGACGGUGAGUUUAGUUUAAGGCGACACAUCGAAAACCGUUGA